GUCAAUCAUAACAGUUCAGUUGGGCUUUCCUGGCUUGACAGCUGUCACUGUACGCUGAGGUCAAGGGGAAAGAAGCAUGGCUGCGUUGUUUAGAGGGUCGCGAAAUGUAUUGUUAAGGUGGAAUAAGCAUGUCGACUUUGCAUUCGUUUCAUCGCGAUCAAUGGCCUCAAAAACACCAGUGGGGUUUGUUGGUCUGGGAAACAUGGGCAGUCCCAUGGCCAAAAACCUGUUAAAAAACGGUUAUCCCGUUAUUGCCACUGAUGUCUUCCCUGAGUCUUGCAAGGAGCUGCAGGAUAUUGGUGCCCAGGUAGUAGACUCUCCAGCAGAGGUGGCGGAGAAAGCAGACCGCAUCCUCACAAUGCUACCCUCCAGUCCCAACGUCAUUGAAGUAUACACAGGCCCAAAUGGCAUUCUCAAAAAGGUGAAGAAGGGAACACUGUUGAUUGACUCCUCCACCAUCGACCCUGCUGUUUCAAGAGAGAUGGCAGUCGCUGCAGAGAAGAUGGGUGCAGUGUUCAUGGAUGCUCCGGUCUCAGGAGGUGUCGGUGCUGCCAGUAUGGCCAAACUGACCUUCAUGGUAGGUGGAGUGAAGGAGGAAUACAACGCUGCACAGGAGCUGCUCACCUGCAUGGGAGCCAAUGCUGUCUACUGUGGACAGGUUGGCACUGGACAGGCAGCUAAGAUCUGCAACAACAUGCUCCUGGCCAUUGGAAUGAUUGGGACCGCAGAGACCAUGAACCUUGGCAUCAGACUGGGUUUGGAUCCCAAGCUGCUGGCAAAAAUCCUCAACAUGUCCUCAGGUCGUUGCUGGUCCAGUGACACGUACAAUCCAGUCCCCGGCGUCAUGGAGGGAGUCCCCUCUGCCAACAACUACCAGGGUGGCUUUGGAACCACACUAAUGGCCAAGGAUCUUGGUUUGGCUCAAAACACUGCCACCGAUACUAAGACACCCAUCCCUCUGGGUUCCCUCGCCCACCAGAUCUUCCGAGUCAUGUGCUCCCGUGGCUACGCUAACAAGGACUUUUCAUCCGUCUUCCAAUUCCUACGCGAGGAGGAAGGACAGUGAAUGGAGGGGAGCACAGUUGAAUGUGAUGUUACCAUACACACACACACACACACACACACACACACACACACACACACACACGCGCACGUGUGCACACACACACACACACACGCACACACACACAAACGUGUGCGCGCACACACACACACACACACACACACACACACACACACACACACACACACACACUCUACAACUACACACCCCAGUGCCCCUUAUCCUACUAUGCUCAGGAGAGACUAAGGCCUUGCCCUCAGGCGCAGAUCUGUGGUCCAAUUAACAUACUGUAUGUCGGCACAUGUCCCCUCAUAGCAUUAGCUAAAUCAUAUUUUCAGUUCACAGCUCUCUCUCAGCAUGGGGGAAAUGCUAAAACUGACCUUAGAUCAGUAUCUAGAGAAAUAAAGCAACCCUCUUCCCAGUCCGAGAGGCCAGAGUGGAAAAUGAGAGGUGGGAUGAGGCACUGCAAGUUAUACAGUAUGUACUAGUGCAAAUAAUAUGUGGUUUUUCAGGUUGAUGAGUAGUAACUGCAUGAUUGUUAAAAGUUUAAGUAUGCUUUUUUCAGGUGUGUGCUUAUUGCCUGUUAGCCAAAUGACUCAGACCUGUUCCUGUUAAAUAAAAGAGGACAGAAAAGAAAAGAAAAGCUACAGUAUUAACUCGUUUGCCACCGUCUGCGUUUUCGAUGGUCCAAUUACAUACAAAGUCAAUGCAAAGACGCAAAUACACGUGAAUUUGCGUCACGGGCACGAAUGACGCAAAUUAUGCAACGCGAAUGAGGCAAAGAAGUGAGUUGAAAUAUUUCAACUCAAGUGAGAAAUUCACAUGUCCCUGUGUCGCGAAAGCCUAUAUCAGUGUUAAGAUUUUUUUUUUUUUUUUUAUGCCUACAGCUCUACAUCGGCAUGAAGUACGAGUAACUCAUCCAACUGAUGUGAUUAAAGCGAUGCAAAUAUUCACUCUGCCUCGGUCUGAAUGCACCAUAAGGAUUCACAUAGGGAUGGAAAUUUCAGUGAGACAGUGCAAGAGAGUUUAGGUUACCUUUUCUCUCCUGGAGAAAAAGGCCCAUAUUCACAGCACUAAAUGUAAGGUAACCAAAAGUAGCCACACUGUGGGCUCAAAGUUCACUUGUUUUGUUACAUUUGUUUGUUUUUGGCAGGAAGGUGGAGUCAUUCAAUCACCUACUGUAGUCACCCGAGUCAUCCUGCCAGCAUACAUACUUUCAUUCACUGGCUCGACCACUUCAGCUCCUUUUUAAAUACUGUGAUAUAUAUGGUUAUUUUUGCACUGUGUGCAUCGCUGGGCCAUUUUGAUACAGUUACAGAAUCUCUUUGAACUUACCUCUCUUUUCAACUGUCUACAUCUGCGUAUCGAGCCACUGGAGUAUUAUGUUGUGACCAACACAAUUUUAUACUGUUCACUACAAAAUGUUGUUUUCAUUGUCUAGCACUUUCUCUUGCCGGGAUAGAUUUUCAUUAAAGUCAAUCCUCACAUAUUUCUCCUCUCUCUCGGUCUCUCUCGCUCUAUCAACGUGUACAACAUCUGUGUAAAGUGUAAACGAGGAACGGUUCCUCUCUGCUAUUGUACAUAAUGUAUAUUUCAUAUUCUUGCGUAGUAUUGAAAUAAUGAAUCUAAAUGGACUUUCUUUCUUUUUGUAGUAAAAAUCAUUAAUAGUGUCUACAGUUUGUCUUUGCUCUGUGAAACAGAUCCUCAGUCACACUGUAGCCUAAAAUAAAAGAUGUUCUGUGUA